CUACAAUUACCACUCGAAAUGGAAAUAAAGCUCUCACAAAAGAUACAAAAAUAAUGCAAGCUUAUGUUAUUCCUGGUACAAUAGCAGAUACAGUGUUACGUCAAAUGGAAGGUGCUUUAAAAUCUGCAAAAGGAAAAGCGAUUAUUAAUGAGUUCUGGAAAAACUCUAGUGCUAUUGCUUCAACCUCCAUUAGUUAUGAAAAAUCGAAGUACCAAUUACGAGGACAAAUGGCCGAAGAAGUUGCCGAUGAAGGCGAAAGUAGAAGUAGGAAGAGACAACGAGUACGAAUUAUGCGAUUGUUCAAGAGCAACGAAGUAGAAGGCGAAGAAGAUGAAGGUGAAACUCAAGACAUUCCCAACAAUAGUGGCGAAGAAGAAGACGAAAAUGAUAUUGAUGGUAUUUGGGAAUCCUGGAAAAGAUUAUUAAAGAGUAUAAGAGAAUCCACUGUUUUACCUGCCUUAAGGUAA